AUGGAUCGCUCACUUGUGGAAUUUUACCGCAAGUUCAAGCAACAGAUAGACCCACCAAAUGUUCCAUCUGGUGCUGUUCUCAAAAACCCAGAUGUCCAAUUGGCUCUUGAGCGGCACUUUUUCAAUGUCGCAGCAGAAGACCUUUCUGCAUAUCAGGCGAAGAUUCUGCGCACUGUUGUCGAGCGGAUACAGACUGCCAUCACAGACCCUGAAGAAGAGGAAGUCUCAGAUCACCUGAUGACCUUACUUGCCACACUGCCGCCAUCUCGCACACAACUCGAUCUCAGCAAGACUUUGGUGUCAUACUUCCCUCCUGUCAGCUAUGAUGAGGACGUGCAACCGAUCAACAUUCUGGAGGCGAAGAAGAUCAUUGGCUCUGGUCCCAACACCGGCUUGCGAACAUGGGAAGCCUCGCUACGUCUUGCUCACUAUCUUUACCAGAAGCCUCAUCUCACUCGAUCACGUUCUGUGCUCGAAGUCGGUGCUGGUACAGGCUUUCUCUCGAUUUUCUGCGCAGCGUACCUCUGUCCUGCGCGCAUUGUUGUUACAGAUGGGCACGAUGAUGUGAUCACGAGUCUACGACACAACGUUGCGUUGAACAAGUCGAGCUAUGACGCCGCGAAUACGAGAGCACCUCUGGUCAAGAAGCUGUUCUGGGCCGAUGAAGAUGAUAUGAACGCCAUUCUCAACAGCCAGGACGAUGUUGAGGGAGAACUGUCGCCAAGCUCAAAGAUCGACCUCAUCAUUGGCGCAGACGUCACCUACCACCCGGACGCGUGCCUCGCCCUCGCUUCCACUCUUUCAGUCCUAGCCCAGCGAAACCCGGAUGCCACUAUCCUCAUCUCGGCUACACAGCGCAACCUUGAAACUAUGGAGGUCUUUUUGGACGCGUGUCGUAAGACUCUGUCAGUCGAAGAAGUCACCGACACAGAGUUCAAGCCACUGCCGUUUGACAGGCAGACCGGAUGUUUCCAUAACGUAGUCAGCCCGAUACGAAUCUGGAGGCUACGUGCGACGACGCCACCGGUUCAAGUGGAAUGA